UUGGAUUCCCCAAACAAGCAUCUUUGUAAAGUUGGGAUUUUUGUAUUGGUUAAAAGGAGAGGUCUUAAUUUGGUGUUACUCGUUGAAUCUACCAUGUAGUUUUUUUUUUGGAUUAUAUUAGAGUUAUAGUUGCAGAGAUUUUUGCAAAAAGAAGAGAAAAAAAUUGAAGCUCCUUCAAUGGAUUACUCCAAUUCAAACUCACCGAUUGAUGGAUGAAAAGUUGCAGAAAAGGAAAUGGCACGAUUAGGGUAAGAGAAAGAGGAGUUCUCUCAGAGAUGAUUGAGAGUAGGAGGGAGGGAAGGUAACCAGUCACUGUCCUGCAACUAUGUCGAUGAGACAUUCACCGAGCUUUUUCGAUUUGGUUAAUGUGGGAUGGCAAUAGUAAGGAAGAAACCAUUCACCCACUUCCUUUUCCCCAUAUUCCACCAUCAGAGAGAAAAGUGGUGUGGGAGCUGUUGAGUCACACUGAGGUGACAGGAGCUGCAGACGCCAAAAGGAAUCAUCGUAUAAAGAUGGAAAGCAGGAUGGAAGAACAGAAGAGGCGUAUCAGAAGGCGGUAACCGCCUAAAGGUGGAAAGCAUCCCUUGCUGAGGUUGCCUUUUUCAACGCAAGAUGGUAAUGAAUGCUCCUCCUCCUGUUUGGAUUUGUUUCUUCGACGUUGUUGAUCUUUAAUGGCAAAAAUGUUUGGUAAAGCUGCUACCUUUGGGUUUUUGAGUAGAAGAUGCUUCGCUUGCUUAGGUUUUUUCUGUUCUGUUCUUGGAUGGUGUCGAUCUUUAGAUGGCAAAAUGGUUUGAUUUGGUAGGGAGGAGAUAGGUGGAGCAGGGAGUGGAUCUUGGGGAGGAGGUAGGGUUAAAAGGUGCGAUUUUUUUGUCGGAGGUAAAUCGAGAUGGAUGGGAAGUGGAAUCUCAACGAGCUGGCUGCUGGGGAAGAGAGCGGCGGCGGUUCCCGUUCCUCUAGUACGGCCUCCGCGGGCGGCGGAGAGGAGGAACAAACGAGGCCCGAUGGUUGCGCCUCCUCCGGCUCCGAGGCCGACGCUUUCGAGGAGGGGGAACCCGGAGCCGGCCCCGCCGCCAUGAGAAUCUUCGGGUUCUCAAUCUCCUGCCGCCGCGACGAGAGUUCCGCCGCCGAACCAGAACCCUACGUCAUGACCACCCGCCAGUUCUUUCCGGAGGGAGGGGAUGGUUCGCCGUCGGAGCCGGUCGUGGUCUGCAGGGCGGCGGAGGAGCCCCAGGCCAUGAAGAAGAGCCGGCGAGGGCCACGGUCGAGGAGCUCUCAGUUCCGGGGCGUCACCUUCUACCGACGGACCGGCCGAUGGGAAUCCCAUAUCUGGGAUUGUGGAAAGCAAGUUUACCUCGGUGGAUUUGAUACUGCACAUGCUGCGGCAAGGGCGUACGACCGAGCUGCGAUCAAGUUUCGGGGACUAGAAGCAGAUAUUAACUUCAAUCUGGACGAUUACAUGGGUGGUCAAGAACAGAUGAGCAAUCUCACUAAGGAAGAGUUUGUUCAUGCUCUUCGACGCGAGAGCACGAGCUAUCCUAGAGGAAGCUCCAAGUACCGGGGAGUGACCUUGCACAAAUGCGGCAAGUGGGAAGCAAGAAUGGGGCAGUUCCUUGGUAAAAAAUAUGUGUAUCUCGGUCUUUUUGACACCGAAAUUGAAGCUGCGAGAGCUUAUGACAAGGCGGCAAUCAAAUGCAAUGGAAAGGAUGCCGCGACAAACUUCGAUCCUAGCAUCUAUAAGGAGGAGUUCAGUGCAUCCACAAGCCAUGGCCAGCUCGAACACAAUCUUGACUUGAGUUUGGGGGGAUCAGGAUCAAGGGGCAGUGCUACCGAACCAGCGAUCUUCGAGUCCCAGUGGAACAGAAACACUAAAUCAAAGUUUGACGACAAGUUCAAGCUGCCCGAGGAGAAAUACAACACUAGCAGCAUCCCACACUGCAAUGGCCACAUCAACUCUCUAUUCCAGUUCCGGCCGCCGGCCCACAUGAAUGCUCGACUUUCCUCGCCAUUCCAGUUCACUCCAGGCCCCUUGAAUUUUCCUACCUCCAUUCCAUAUGCAAGAAGCAGCAGCAAUGGAGAAGGCUUCAUCUACAACUUCAUGGCGAGCAACAACAGACCCAUUCGGAUCGGUGAAGGAUCAGCAGCAGGAAUAAACCAUCACCUGCCAUCGAACAGUCCAUCAUCAUCGACAAUGGUUUUGCAGCAUCAUCAGGAUUCCCACCACAAGUAGUGGUACAGCAGAGUGGCCUACAUCUCCAUCUUUCUCACCAAGCGCAAACAAAACUGGAGAAGAACAGAAUGCAGGAUCAGCAACAACACAUCGAGAUCGAACGAGAAGCAAGCCCACGACUCUUCUUCUGCGGCUCAAUGAGUUUCUUUCUCUCUUUCCUUUUCGCUUUCAGAUUUCAGGAACCACUGAAACAUUGAACUGCACAGGCAACAAUUGAAGUUGCCAAGUUGAUUGAUAGUGUUCUUAUAUAGUGUAAGUGUUUGUUUCUUUUGAAUGAUAGUUUAAAUCGAAAAACAAAUCCAACUAAAUUAAGCUUAAACUAUAGUUUCAAUUCCAUUUGGGUA